AUGCAGCGUCACUGGAAAGCUGUCCACGUGCCCUUAUCAACUGCUUCCCAUGCCUGCCUCAGCUGCUGCCGCCUCAAUAUUUCUGCUGUUCUUGAAAUCUUUGAAGACCCUCUCGGGCUCUCUGAGGCAAAAUUUCAUCAAGCUUCUCUCUCUCAGAGCUGUCGACAGCUACGAGUGUCGUUGUCUUUCAUUGUUCUUAUAUCUCCCGUGCGCAACAAAAUGAAGAAGCAAGAGAGUCAGAGAGGCCACUCUAAUAGUACAGAUGCCAAUACUGAUCUUUGGACUCAUGGACUCAUUUGUGCAUUUGAAUUUGUUCGAGGCCAUAAGAAGGUCCUGUCCGCACCACAAUUUGUUAAUCAUGUGGCAAAAAAGCAAGUUUCUUCACCUGAAUUGAGUAAUUCCUUACACUCAAGAGAGAAUAGAAACAACUCAUGUGAGUGUAAGGAUGAUCAAGAAGACAAUAACCACAGCCCGGACUCUCAUUCAGGUCAUUUCCGUGGCAAAGAAGGUCUUCCCAGAAAUUGUUGGGUACCGAUUGGCUGGGAUAGGAUAUCUGAACUGGUCCAGACAGUACAAGUUGAUGCUUGCUGGGAACAGCCCACAGACUUCAAGGAAGAUGACAAUGAUGUUGCCGUUGCAGAUGUUGCAGCUCCUUACUGGGAACGGCCAGUAGGUCCCACUUGGUGGUGUCAUGUAGCUGCUGGUCAUCCAUACAUCAAUUCAUGGUUGCGUACUGCUCAAUGGUUACACCCUGCUGUCAGUAUUGCUUUGCGAGAUGAAAGUAAGCUGAUAAGUGAGCGAAUGAAGCACAUUCUGUAUGAGGUUCCUGUAAGGGUUGCUUGUGGCCUAUUAUUUGAGCUUCUAGGCCAGUCAGCAGGGGAUCCACUUGUUAAUGAAGAUGACAUUCCCAUUGUCUUACGAUCAUGGCAGUCACAAAAUUUUCUAGUAACAUCAUUGCAUGUUAAAGGUUCUGCACAGAACAUUAAUGUUUUAGGAAUAGUAGAAGUCCAGGAACUGCUUGCUGCUGAGGGCAUUAACAUGCCGCGGAGUAUUCACGAAAUCAUAGCACAUUUAGCUUGCCGCCUUGCGUGUUGGGAUGAUAGGUUAUAUCGCAAGUCCAUAUUUGGGGCUGCAGAUGAAGUUGAGCUGAAGUUUAUGGACAGGAGAACCCAUGAGGAUAUGUAUCUAUUCAGUAUAAUAUUGAACCAAGAAAUCCAAAGGCUAUCAACCCAGGUUAUAAGAGUGAAGUGGACACUCCAUGCACGAGAGGAAAUUGUGUUUGAGCUUCUUCAGCACUUGAGAGGGGAUGCCGCAAAGAGCUUGCUAGAACGAGUAAUAAAGAGUACAAGGGAAAUGAUUCAAGAGCAAGAAGCAGUUCGUGGUCGCUUGUUUACCAUUCAAGAUGUGAUGCAGAGCACUGUUCGUGCAUGGUUGCAGGACAAAAGCCUCACAGUGACGCAUAACUUGGGAGUUUUUGGGGGUUGUGGCCUUGUUCUUUCUAUCAUUACUGGCCUUUUUGGGAUCAAUGUGGAUGGAAUACCAGGAAACGAAGGAUCUCCGUAUGCGUUUGCUCUGUUUUCUGCUGUUCUGGUCUUGUUAGGGGUUAUACUAAUUGGAAUUGGAUCGGUUUACCUUGGAUUAAAACAACCCAUUGUUGAAGAGGAUGUUGAAGCUAGAAAACUAGAGCUCCAAGAACUGGUUAAGAUGUUUCAGAAAGAAGCAGAGUGUCAUGCACAGGUACGAAAAACUGUUCUGAGAACCAACCCAACUGCUGCAGGUAGACCCCCGGAGAGCGCUGCACGUUAUGUUCUCAUCGGCUGA